AUGGAGAUCUUGAGACUUAAAAUUAUCAAAAGUCUUCCCACAAAUCUAAAGAUUGUUGAUCUUUCUGCGGACUUUAGAUUGCGAGAUAUUGUUGAGUAUGAGGAAUGGUAUGGCCAGCCUCACAAAGCAACAACUUUGCAGCAAGAAUCAGUCUAUGGCUUGACUGAGAUUUCGAGGAGAGAAAUUCAAAGUGCUCGUCUGGUUGCAAAUCAUGGUUGUUAUCCGACAUCUGUUCAACUUCCUCUUAUUCCCUUGAUAAAGGUUUGCAUCUAA